AUGUGGUCACCAUGGUGGGAUGCUAGCAAUAUUGAGAAAGAUGGCCAUCUCAUGAUGACCAGAGCAAUAUUUCUCACCAUUUCAGCCAUGGCGGUUGCUAUGUUCUGGUUCAUGUGGAACUGGAAAAGCUCAAAAAACCCAACACCUCCAUUGCCACCAGGUCCUCGUGGCCUGCCAUUUGUUGGGAGCCUUCCCUUUUUAGGCCCCAACCUUCACCACGAAUUCACAAACCUGGCAAGUGUUUAUGGCCCUAUCUACAAACUCCAACUUGGUAGCAAAUUAUGCUUUGUGCUCUCUUCGCCAUCACUUGUGAAACAAGUGGUUCGUGACCAAGACACCCUCUUUGCAAAUCGUGACCCUAUAAUUGCUGCACAGAUUAUCUCCUACGGAGGAACCGACAUUGCCUUCGGAUCCUACGGUCCAGGUUGGAGGAGGUUGCGCAAGGUGUUUGUGAGCCACGUGAUGAGCAAAGGCAACCUUGAUGCUUGUUAUGCUCUGAGAAAAGAGGAAGUUCUCAAGUCAAUUGAUCAUAUUUAUGGCAAAAGUGGCAGCCCAAUUGAUUUCGGGCAGGUUGCAUUUUUACAGCAAUCAAAACAAUCAUGA